AUGGACGAACGAAGGCUCGUCGUCUACGGCGCCGGCAGGGGCGAGCACCCGCCCGAGUCUGUCGCCGACGCCCAGGAGGACACCGAAGAAACGUCCGAGCGGCGCUGGAUCUUCGCCGAGUUUGUCGAGGGGUACCGGGAGUGCCCGGAGCCGGGCGCCAUGCCCACCUGCUACGGGGUCGACACCCGAGGCUGGGCUCGGGCGGACGCCCCGCGAGGCGCCGCGCCUCAGAUCCCGUACAGCCUGGGAGCGCCCAACAGCUCUGUCGCCUAUGGGGACUUCUUCUAUCAGGGCGGCGGCGGCGGCGGCUAUGGGGGCUACGGCGAUUACGACGGCGACCAGAAGCAGAAUCUCCUGGAGAACGGCGGCUACCAGGCCCGGAACCCUCCAAGGCCUGGGGGCGAGUGCGGCUACGGUGGCUACGGCGGCCACGGAGGUUACGACGGCUACAGCGGCGCCCACAAGCCGGAUGGACCUGAGCAUGGGGGUGGUGGUGGCGGUGGCGGUGGCGGCGGCGGCGGCGGCGGUGGUGGUGGUCGAUGCGAACCGCCGGAGCCGGAGCCGAAGCUACGGGCGGAGGAGCCGGAGAAGCACAGCGAGGCGAAGACGAAGAAGCAGAAGAGCGCGAAGAAGCAAAAGAGCGCGAAGAAGGGGUCUGCGGGUGAUGACAACAAGGUCCUCAGGUUCUUGGCUUGCCAGACGGACAUUUUCGGCCGCGAGAUUCCGAAACGCCGCUGGCGCUGA